AUGAAUAAAGUGUCGAUGACGUCACUGUUGCUGUCCCUGGUUUUGGCGUCACCGGCCGUCACAACGAGGUCGUUGUCAUCGCCCGAAAUUAGCCCUGCUCUGCUGCCCCUCAUCAACAAUAAACAAGGUCGUUCCUUAUGGUCACCUUUAUUCCCUCAGCCUCUGGUGGUCUACUCGACCUUGGGUCAGUCAGGUCAUCGGCAGUCUCCAAGACUGGCUAAAGUCGGAUUCGUUGGCACGUGUCAGCAGAACUCAGACUGCGACUCGUCGAGACUGGAAGUUUGCGACGUGCGGCUGGGCGAGUGUCGCCCCUGCUGGCCCAGGAGUCUUUGUGGCGCGUCCGUGACACAGUCGUCUGCAAGACCGUCGUCAGUGACCAUCAGCACUGAUCCUGUCACGUCGACAGUCACCAAUGCUUCCAUGUCGUCGACGACGACGACCACUGAAGCGACAGCAACCACUACUUUUCCAACGGACCCUGAGAAGGACUACAGCGAACAGACGAGGUCAAUAUUAUCCACUCCCACGCAGGAUCAUUCAACCGAAACCACACUAUUUGAUGCAUGA